AUGCGACGUACGCUGUUGAUAUUGAUGGGGUUGCACUUGGUAAACUGCUUGCCACCCCCUCACCCUGCUGUAGUCCAAGUGCUACAAGAAGAGAGACAACUGCCGCCUUACAUGAGAAGCCGGGCGUUACAAAAUCCUCACCUACUAAAGUUACUUUCUUUAACUAGUCUACUACACAAAGGAGAGAAAUUGGUACAUGAACGCGAAGCCGACGAUGUAUCUCGUAGAGAGAUAUAUAACAUUCUCACACACGCAGGCCUCAUCUCCAGGAACCAGUUCCAUAGACCACCAGAAGUGCCACACCAUCGACACCAGAAACACCCGAAAUCAAUACAUUCGCAAAGUCAACCGCAUGUUCCACAUCAACAACAGUUUGACGAACAUUUCUUACUGUCCAGUCCUGAUGUACUACAGCAUUUAUAA